AUGAACAAAGCUUUUGAAGACGGCGGCUUGGCUGCAAACGGCCUCUACCGGCUCAUCAGCACUGUGCGCGACACCCCUUCCAUCGGCCAGAUUGCACCAGGAGAAGGUCACCAAACCGAAUUGCGCCACAAAGCAUUAGACUUUGCUUUUGAUUUGCCCCUUUCUACGGUCAUCGUUACAGCCUUACCCGGAACCUUUCUCUGCGUCGUCCGCCAAUUACCGGAUUCUUGGGCGAGUAGACAUCAGACAUAUAUUGCGAACGCGUUACACUUCAUUGCACUCGCUAGUUGUGCGAAUCGAAAGCUCGAAGCCCACGACUUGGUGAUUGUUGUGUUUGUCAUGGUCGCGUUUGACAUGUUUCAGCGAGUGUUAGUCCGUGGGGAGGCCGACGCUACCAAGGCCGACGAAUCAGAAGAACAACCCCAGCAAAUGUCGCCUGUUGAAACCGUUGGAGCUCCAACCCGCUCUAUUCCAGUCAAUUUGGCUGGCACAUCGUCUGCUAAGGCGACAAGUGUCAAGGUUGAAGAGUCCGAGCCCGUCUUACCUUCCCAACUAGUGGCAGCUGACACAAUCCCGACUGCAUACGACUUCAAGGAUAGAGAGAUCGUGCGACUGCAACGUUCGCUCACUGAGACAAAAACAUCCCACAAGGCCAAGGAAGUACAGCUCCGGAUCACCAAAGAAGAGCUUCAUAAUGCACGCGAGGCGCUGAACAAGACCUUCACAGAAUACACGGGCCUCCGCGAAGAGCUCAAGAUCAUUAAGCAGAAUUUGGGACGAGACCAUCAGGCCAUCGUAUACCGGAAGGACAUCGAGCUCUUUGCGCUUCGUAAGGGCAACGAGCAAAAGGACAAGUACAUUCUGGAACGCGACAUUCAGCUGGAAGAGAUGGCCCGUCAGCACAAGACAACCAUCGAAGUCAAAGACGCCCAGUUAAAGCUGAUGAAGGAGCGGCUAAUCUCCGUGGAGCGACAAUUAAGCCCACGAUUUAGCGAGGAAGACGGAGAGAAUGCGCUCGAGGUCAGACUAUUACGAGUCAGGAAAGGCAGAGCGUCACUCGAAGCUGAGGACGAGAAGGAUGCACUCAUCGCGAGACUACAAGCACAACUGACAGUAUCCAACACCACGAAUGAGGAAAUCGUCAACCAGCAGGCUGAGCUUCAAAGAGCAUGGGAUAUUGCCAAGAAGAUUCAGAAAGCCCUAAAGGAAGAACGAGAGAGGCAUGAACAAACACGGGAAGACCUGGAGAGUGCCGCGGCCAAGCUUUCGGAAGUCGAACCACAGACCCGGAGCCGAGCAGACUCUGCGCCCAGUCGAUUGCCGACCAUCGAUGAGGACGAGCAUGACAAGAAUGAGCUCGAGGCCAUGUUUGACAGUACUCAGCAAGAGAACCUUCGCCUGUAUGCUGAGGUAGCUGCUCUCGAGAAGCGAUUGACAGACGCAAACGCACGCUUGUUCACCGCGAUACAAGAAGUUGAAGCGCUACGAGAACAACUCGCACAAGAGCAGACCGUCAACGACGACUUUGAGGCUGCACGUCCAAGCGUCGUGCACCGCGUACAUUUUCAGCGUAUGGAAGGACAACUUGCAGAGGCUCGGGAUGCGGUGGCAGCUAAAGAGGAGGAGAUUGAGCUUCUCAGGAACACCAUUGCCGAAAAAGACCACUACGUCAAGGACUUGAAGGGAGAAGUUGAUGCUGCCGUCAACUUCCAUACCCAAGACCAAGACGAGAUCGAUCGCCUCAAGCAAACUAUUGCUGAUCUGCAGGCAACAAAGUACCAGCUCAUGCUUGAUCAUGAGCGGCUCGUCGCCCAACGCCCUCGCCAGCACGUCAUCUCAUUAGACCCCAUAGAUCGCACUGAACGAGUAGACCGUACAGAUCGUACAGAACGUGCAGAGCGUAUCGAUCGCACAGAGCGUGGAGAGCGUUCAUCAGCUCGGUCCAGCGGCGCAACUCUCAUCCAAGAACUCAGCCCCUCAGCACGUGUCUCCCAAGAACCCAUGCCAGUCGAAUCUAUGCCCGCGAUGCCCGCCGUGACUGAGCGCGAAGGCAGCAUCCAAAAAACACCAGCCCGCCACCUUCGCAGCAAAAGCACACCGAAAGCGAUACCAGCCCGCUGGACGCUGAUGUCGCAAGACGCACCACCACCAGAGCUGCGCGAGCUGAAGACUACCCAACGCCGCAGCCUCAACCUCAAGGGCAUGAUGCACAAGUUCGUCGGCAAGCACGCCGAGCCCGAGAAGCAAAAAGCUUCCGAGGGCCCCACCGCCGCCGAAACACAGCUCGCAAAGGAGAAGGAAGCCAAGCUUAUGAAGAGAGACAACUCCAUGAUGAGACGCGCACUCGCACCAAGAGACAGAAACGUCUCCGCGAGGCCAAUGACUUCCACUGGCGUUACCUCGCUCACCGGGAUGACGAAGCCGAGAGCAGCAUCGCAGCCGCUGGGUUCGACUACAAGUUUGAGCAUGGCUUCUGAUGCCAAGGCGCAGAGCCCGCGGCCCCCAAUUACCAGACGCAGUACGCCGAUGGUGCCGCGGUACUAUGCCUCUGCUGAGGAGGAAGCGGACGCGAAGAAGGACGAGAAGGAGAAGGAGAAUGCCGCGGCCAAGGGCAAAGACGCGGAUAGGCCGUCAACUGGGGUCCCCGCCGCGCCGAAAGAGCCAUCGAAGCAUAAGAGUCGGUUGAGUUGGAGUGCGACAAACAAACUGAAGAGGCGAUCACUUUAUUAG